ACAAAGCUAAUCUUUAACGUGAGAUAUCACUAAUAUCUAUCGUUUUAAAAAGAAGAGAAUAGUUUUGUAGUUUGAAUUUAGUUAAUAGAGGUAAAAAGUUAGUCUAUAAUCUCCCAAUGAUAUCAUACACUGUAGAAAACACAGAAGAGAGAGAGACUACAACUAAUCACCUAUCUAAUCAUUUUGACGCAAGAUUCUUUUAAUCAGUAGAUAAUAUAUAUAUAUAUAUAUACUGUGGAAAUGAAGAGAAAGUUAAGAUGAUUAAACCUUUAGAUAUUCCGCAAACCCAAUCAUAACUUGGAUUUAUAAAUUUUUACUAUAAUCGGCUUCCUAGUCUAAAGUAUUUAAAUGUGUAUAUAUUUGUUUUACUAUAAAGUUUUAAAACUAUACACAAAAAGAAAAGGAAGAUUUGAAAGAUAGAGAGAGAAGGAUGUGAGAUUCUCUGAGAGGGAGGGGCACAGUAAGCAAGAAGUGAGUGAGGGUAAAUUCACCUUCCCAUCACCCUAAAACCCUAAAAGUCUUUUCAGCUCUGCAACACCCCCACAUGCCUAUAUAUCUCUCUCUCUAUUCCCUAGCCUUUCUGAUCUCUUAACUUUUACCGUUAGGCACCCACUGUCCCGUAAUUUUACUAUUAUCUUAAUCACAAUUACUUUGGAUGAGUCCUUGCAUAAAAAAAAAAAACUCCUAGUGUAUUUGGGGUCUUUCACCUGACCACUUAAGACCAUGAUUAACCCAGAUUUUUAAGGUAGGACUUUUAGCUUAGGCUAAGAACCGUUUCUUAGUUUUUAAUUAAAAAAAAGUUAAGAACUGUCUCUUAAAUAAAAGAUAUAAGAAUUGGCUCUUAGCCGAAAAAUAUAUAUAAAUAAAAAUAAAAAGUAUCAAAUUAUAAAUUAAGAAUCCCAAAUUAAGAGUCCGAGUUAAUCAUGCUCUAAGGUAUCAAAUGAAAAUCAUAUUCCUCUCUAUAUAUUUUGUUGGGAGUUUAACUUAUAUACACUCUAUAUUGGGCCGGACCAUUAUUUUGUUUCAUGUAAAUUAGUCAAGGACCAUUUGAAUAUACUGUAUUAUUGGGGCAUAGUGGAAUAUCUAGCUAUAAAUGGGCCAUACGGCCCAAAUACCUUAAACCCGAAAAACCCUAAUAAAUAAAGAAAGAAAUUGAGGCCGCGAAGAUAUAUAUAUCACAUCGAAUGACAGUACAAAGCGAAGCUAGACCGUUUAUUAUCAUCGCGUAUGCGAAACGAACGGUGGAUUAGAUCGACAGCUAAUAAAUAAAAAAAGCAGCGAAAAAAAAAAGGAAAUCGCGGGAGGAGUAUAUAAGCGCCACAAAACAAGUUUCGUCUUUCCCUCUCACAGCUUCUCUGAAACUUUCUCAUCGAGAGAUUUGUUAACCUAACUUCCGAUCGAGAUAAGAAAGAGAUGACCAACAGCAACACCUUACUCCGCCCCAAAUUCGUCAGCGCUUUCGCUAUAUGUGAAGGAUGCAACGAGAAAGUAACUGUUAAGUAUAGACGUUUGCACAAGUGCAGCCUCCACGCCGCCAAAAUCGGAACUGAGGCUAAGAAGAAACCUCCUACUGCCUUUUAUUUUUUCAUGAAUGAUUUCCGCGAAACUUACGAAGAAAAGAAUCAAUAUGUUAACCUUAAGGAUGUUCCAAAGCUUGGUGGUGAAAUGUGGAAGUCUUUCACUGAGGACGAGAAGAAUGUUUAUAGGGAUAAAGCUGCUCAACUUAUGGAAGAAUAUAACAAGUCGCUUGAGAGCAACGAUGCUGAUGAUGUAGAGGAGGAUGAGGAGAAGGAAGUUGAUAACAAAACCGAUGCGCCAAAUGGUUGUCAAAACGGUAGAGGUAGAGGUAGAGGUAGAGGAAGACUUGUUCGGGGAGGUCGUGGUCGGCGAAGUGCGUUUGGCUAGUAAGCACACAUUGUCGAUCAGGUCUUACCAAAUACUUUUAAUUCGGGCUGUUUCUAUGCUUUUAAUCAGAAGCUGAUUCAGUCUUCUCGCUUUAUCUCGAUGUAUGAUCUUUCAUGCCACUCAGUAACAGACUUUCAUAAAUGAUAAUUUCUAUUU